AUGCCGCCUGACAACCUGCCCAGUGAGCUCCAUUUGUCGCACAACCGUAUUACCCCGGGUGGCUUCCAUGGCUUGGUGCAGGCCAUCGCCAUUCGUCAUCCUGGGAGUAAUGAUGCCGUAGAGUCUUUUGAGAUGACCGAAACUAAAUGGGCACGGCUGACGCAGAAGAAGCCACCGGUCUGGCUGCGCGUGGAAGGGAAUGCGAUAGAUGAUGCCACGAUCUGUGCCCUCGUCACGGGUGGGCGUGCUCUCCUGGCGCAGAGCCUGAAAGCUCCAGAGCGGCGGAGCGGGAUGGUGCCGCUGUCCUUUCCAUCUUUUCACGGAAAGUCUCUGCAGCUUCACGAUGCACCCUUCCAACUGAAGCCCUUCCAGCGCCAAAGCGACUUUCAUUCAUUUUCCGGUCCACAGCAUUCGCCACAAUUUCCUCCUGAUCCCCCCUCGAGCUGGGACGUGGGCAGCACAGUACCCACUCACACCUCAGCAGUGCCCCCACCCCCGCCGCCACCGCCCAACUUGCCAGCCUUCCACAACCGUUUGCCGAUGCAACUUGAGCAACCGAGCUGGUCAGGUUGCGGGCAAAGCUGGAAUCAGGUGCCCAUGAUGAAUGGCCCAGUUCGCAACAUGCACACAUUUGCGGCAAACCAGGCGCAAUUCAUGCCAGGGCCAGGUGUGCAGGGCCACAUGCCCAACAGUCAGGUCUUGUUGCCAUCGAACCAGAUGCUGAACAACAUGCCCCACAACCCGAUGGCACUGAUGCAGCAGCAACAGCAGCAACAACAGCAGCAGCAGCAGCAGCAGCAGCAGCAGCAGCACAUGUCCAACCCCUCACACAGCUUUGCCGAACACCAAUCGUUUCGGAAUUCAGGAAGUUUGCCAGUUCUGCAAACUCAGGCUGGUGUCCCUGUACAGAGCCAGGUGCAAGGACAGAUGCAGAUGCAGAUGAUGCACUCCAUACCGCACAAUGUUGGUUGGCAGGCGCCCGGUCUACUUCCAGCUGCAGGUUGUGCAUCUAAUGUGCCCGGGCACAUGCUCCCCUGCCAUGACAAGUUCUUGGAGGCACCGACAGAGGUGCAGCCGCAACCUGCGAGACCUUCGUUCUCCCAGGAAGGCAUGUCCAGGGAACGAUCCCGGAGCCGGACCCGCCAGAAUGGAGGCGAGAGCAAGCCGCCAACGUCAGCACAGACAGGCGGGGAGCAUGUUUAA